AUGAAUCCGCUGGAUACUUGUAGAACUACCUCGGAUCCUGUAUCAACAGAUGCAGAGCAUUGGAAGACGCAAGACCCAUAUAUCUUCCAGCCUGCUGAGUGGUUUUUCAAAGAUUUUGAAAAUGGCAACCCCACGCGGCCGCGAUCAGUUUCUUUGGAAUUAGAUGACCAAAUGAUUGAUAAAAAGCCCAAUCCUGUCUCUAGUCAUGGACGUAUCUUCCGCUUCAACGACAAGCUGGGAUUUCUACUCGUUCAGUUUAUGCGGCCACAAGUAUGGCGCCUGCAAUUUCAUAGUACGAACGAAUCACCCACUGCUUUUUCCGACUACAACACUAGAAACAUUGUUCAAGACACGCUCACGAGGACCAUCGAGAUUCUGGACAAUGCGGAAGGAAUCUCAUGGUGUGUGGAGCUAAAGGAGCCAAAUGAGAGGUAUUAUGUCCUUCAAUCGGUCUUGAAAUCGACGUCAAAAGACAAUUCGUUUCGGAAGGUUCUGGUUCAACUCUGGAUUCAUCGUGAUCCGUUCAAGAUCACUGCCAUCCGAGCAAUCAGAGCUGAAGGUGCUUACACGCAGGUUCCAAACUUUCUUACUGCAGUAGCGAAGGAUCCAGAAGUAGCAAGGGAGCUAUUCAUUGAAGCACCUCCAGGUUCACGGAUCGCAAUUAUCUGGCAAACAAAAGACUGUCCUUUGCAGUGGCUAGGGAAUAAUGCGACUAUUUUAGCUGUAGAGAAGCCGCUCAACGCUAAGUACACGGGAUUUGGUGAACAAGGCGGACGCACAAUGUUUAAAGACAAAGUUUUCAUGAAUUAUUUUAAUUUUGAUAAUAUGCGCUAUAAUAAUGUUUAUGGAGAUGGACCUUAUUCAGACAGCGAACCGCUCUACCACUCUGAGCCCUACUGGAUAGAAAUGAAUGCGCAUCCGGGGGCACAGUCGCAAUUGGCAACGUUUAUUGACAACUAUUCAGACGUUAAAGUGGAUCUUGGCUUAGUCGAAUCCACGCAGUUCCGCGUUGCCACCAGAUUCAACGGUUUUCGGUGCAUUCUCAUUGCUGGUGAUGAUGUUGCACAGAUCAUUCGUUCAUACACCUCACUCAUUGGGAAACCACAGCUAAAGCCGCGCUUCGUGCUUGGUUAUCACCAAGGAUGUUACGGGUAUGAUACCAAGAAGAAAGUACAAGAUGCGGUAGACAAAUAUAGGGCAUAUAAUAUCCCCUUGGAUGGAAUGCACAUUGAUGUUGACAUCCAGCGUGAUUAUCGCACCUUCACUAUUGACACUGCCGAGGAUAAAUUUCCAAAUCCCGAAGAAAUGUUUGAUCGACUUAGAAAGCAAGGCGUCAAAUGUAGUACAAACAUCACACCAAUCAUCAGUUCUCGUAAGAUUCCUGGAGAACCAUACAAUACAUAUGAUGAAGGUCUGGCAAAGAAAUACUUUGUCCUUGAUCGCCGCGACAUCGACCCGUCGGCUCCCACAGCCGAGCAUCAAGUUUCGCUCAACUUUGGCAAAGGAAAUCGCUACUUCAAAAACCCAAAUCUAGAGAGCAGUCUCCCACGUUAUGAUCCCCCGGAUGAUUAUAGGCUUAAAGACUAUUUCAAUACUGGUAGACCAUUCCGUGGUGGAGUAGACUAUGGUGACCAUAGGGGCACUCCCGGUCACUAUCCAAAUCUCAAUCGAAAGGACGUCCGGAUGUGGUGGGGAAAGCAAUAUGAAUAUCUAUUUAAGAUGGGGCUUGAAUUUGUUUGGCAAGAUAUGACUUCUCCUUGCAUGGCAGAAGGCUUUGGUGACAUGAAAUCAUGGCCAUUCCGAUUACUUCUUGAUUCAGAUGGGUGGAACGGAGAUCCACGUGCUGCCGAUAAGAAGAAAGCGAUUGAGAUUUGGUCAUUGUACAGCUACAACCUUCACAAGGCGACGUUUCAGGGCCUGCAAAAUCUAAGUAGCCGUGAAGGCAAGCGGAAUUUCAUCAUUGGCCGCGGUAGUUUUGCCGGCGCCCAGCGUUUUGCUGGACUUUGGACAGGUGACAAUGCUUCCACCUGGGAAUUUUUGGAUAUAUCGGUAGCUCAAGUGCUUGCCCUUGGCCUUGCCGGUGUGACUAUUGCUGGGGCGGAUGUUGGAGGCUUCGAGCCUAACGAAGGUGAAAAAUGGGCAGAUCCAGAGUUGUUGAUCCGGUGGUAUUGUGCGUACAGCUUGCUUCCAUGGUUCAGAAAUCACUACUCGGCCAAGGAAGGCAAGAAGCUGUUUCAGGAGCCGUACGCAUAUCGAGAGUUACAGGACACACCCGAAUGGCAGCACGUGCCAGAAAAAGACCACAACAUGUAUCAUUCCGUGUUGCCAAUCUGCCGUUACAUGGUACAGUUGAGAUACAGUUUGCUCCAGCUGCUCUAUGAUGCCAUGUUUGAGAACAUGAUCACUGGUCUGCCCAUUGCCCGCUCCAUGAUUAUCACCGACCCCUUCGAUUCAUCGCUGUAUCAAGCCAACCAAGUGUACACUCGAAGCCAGUACUUGGUCCGUAACGACCUGCUCGUUGCACCACACCUCUACAAGCAAUCUAAACGCCGCAGUCGCAAACUUUACCUGCCCGCUCCGGAUGGUUGGUAUCCUAUGAAUCUCCGGCCCGGUACAACCUCGGGUGGCAUAUUUGCUGAAUCCCUUAAGCCGAAAGUCAGUGGUGGCACGUACGUCUGCUUUGACUGCCACAUUUCUCCGAGCGAAGAGCAGCUCCCAUACGUGACUCCAAUGUACAUCCGUGAGGGCGCCAUAAUUCCUCAGAUUGAAGUCCGCGAUAGCGUCCCUGACCGCACCCGGGACGACAAGGACGCACGCCAGAAUCCAAUCACAAUCAACGUAUAUCCUGGAAAGAACAACACGUACGAUAUGUACCUCGACGACGGUGUGUCGAGGGAGAGUGCGCCCGAUAACAUAUAUCUUUCGUCGCUACGCACCACACCGCAGGGAAAUGAUGAAAUACAGUCAUUCAAUGCAUAUGGUGAUCGUAAAGCCAAGAGUAUCUUUCGCCAUGUCAAAUUUGAGCAGACAACUACAAGGCAGUUCGCCGAUGAUCAGCUUCGAGAUACACAAAAACUCACAGUCAGCACGCCCUGGUGCAGAUACACGGACGAGCAGGUCAAGAGGGACAUUGGGACGGAGUAUCGGAUUGUAUUCUGGCACGAAUCGAGAUGGCCAGCGGCGGAAAUGGACCUAAACACUGUCACGGUGAAGAUCGAAGGUACGCAAAAAGCUCGCCACGAAUUGGCCAAUGCCAUUGGCGCAACUGUGGUGUGGGUGCCGGUGGAUUCGAACGUGACUGCCACGAUAGAGGUCAGCUACCCUAGUUAA